CAGGGACGUGCUCCGCAGACUGACCACACGUUCGCGUUGCUGCCCGAAAACCUACAUUGCUCACGUCGUCUACGCUUCAACACCGCGUUCCAAAGUCACUUUCUUGGGAGACACUGCGAUAAUCGGCCGCACCAUUUCGACUUGACCACCAGCCUUUCCGAUCACACGCGGCCGCGAUUGCGACCAUCGCACGCGGAACUCGCACAUCGCGAGACAAUCCGAACGGCCCGAGUGGUCCGACGGACAACAUGGCAACCAUGCCCGAGGAGUCGUCCUCGAUGCAGAGGACCAGCGCCGGCUCCGGUCGAUCAACAGGAACCCGGUCCAGGACAACUCCGCAGCAGCAGCUCUCUACCAUCGAGAAGUCCGUCACGCACCUCCUCGUCGCCACCAAACAACUCCUCGAAACACUUACCGCCUGGUCAACAGGACGUGCGACCGAGGGCGAGGUUUCCGAUGUCUAUGUGCGCCUCGGGUAUGAGUUCAACAUUGCUUGUCGCGCUUUCAACACGAUCGAUGUCGACACCACCGAUCUGGGGCCUGUCCCCGACAUGCUUCGGACAAUCUUGGAAGAGACGUUGAGCCAGGAUGCCACACAACAGAGCUUGGAGAGGUAUCUGCCAAAGAUAAGGGAUAUCAUCAUCAAUUUGUUGCAUGGAUUGAAGAAGAAACAGCAACGGCUGCGGCAACGGAGUGGAAGAGACGCAACAACUACAGAGCCGGCCCGGCCGCCGCGACAUGCUUCGACCGCCAGCACUGUGAGCAUUGCGGCGGACCCGAUGCAAUCUCUGGACGAUCUUCCUGCGCGCCAGUCGAGCGGGAGGUCGCUUCCACAAAGGCAAAACAGUGGUGAGAUGGGUUCGGCGCCGGAUUACGUCCCGCCGAGGACCACAAGUGCACCAAGACGGUCGUCGCCUCAUCGAGGCACCAUGAGCCCGCAGCAAGUUGCGCCAGAGAGACCGGAGAUCCAAGAGCUGCCCGCGUCGGAUUCGGCCGCCUCCUUCUCGAGCGAUGCGAUGCAAAAUAUGCCAGUGAUCGCACCAUACCCUGAUGAAGAGACCAUGCCGACCGGUCAACUCGAGACACCGCCUCCACUGCCGAUUCACGAGCCGCCGCCACCACAGCCGUCCGGGAGAGCCAACGACGCCCUGACAGCCCUCCAGCGAGGUGGUGAAUUGGAAAGACGAGCGUCUCGCCGUUUCUCGGCGUAUCAGAUACACAAGGCCAUCGGAGGUUCCAUGAAUGGCAUCCCCAAUCUGCCGCCAGCACAAAACUCGCCCAUUCCGAAUAGGGGUCGGGAUGUUCGCGAGUCCAUGCACGCUGUUCGGUCGCGGGGCGUCGCCCUCCCUACACGCACGCGAUCGCGGACGAACAGAACGGCCAAUGAGGCAUCUCACAGCCGCGAACCCGAUGUACGGAGGAUAUCUGAAGAGCCCAGUCUUCACGACCGCGAACAACCGGAGUUCAAGCCUCCGCAGCCCGAAGAACCUUUCGACAGCCCGACCGCGAGGACACCCGAGGAUAAGGAAGGAACUUCCUAUGUGUCUGCGCCAGCUCGCAAUACGUUCAGUGCGACACUCAAUGGCCCUAUGGAAUCGAUCUACGUUCCGAUCACGCCAACCGCGGUGGAGACGGAUUCGGAGCCAGCUUCUGCUGUCAAUCUACCUCGAAACCGGAUCAACCGACAUGCCAAGGAAUACUCCCCCCGCGCUUCACAAUUUAUUUCGGAAAGUCCUCCUCGAGCAGGAAAGGAGCUCACGCUAUUCUUGCAGUACAAGAGCAAGAUCAAAAAGUUCGUUCUUCCCGAUGGCGGUGACAUUACAAUUCCAAGACUUCAACUGGCAUUCAUUGAGAAGUUCGCUUGGAAUACGCACAAUAAUGGUGUCGAUCUUCCAGAGAUCUACAUACAGGAUCCUAUGUCGGGCGUACGGCAUGAGCUGGAAGAUCUGAGUGAUAUCAAGGAGCGAUCAGUGUUAGUCCUGAAUGUGGAAGCCCUAGAUGAGGUCAAGCGGCAUUUCGACGAAGGCAUGGGAAGCAUCCGGAGGAUCGUGGAAGGCAUCCGUACAAGCGUCUCUGAACAGCAAUCCUCUUUGCAACUGGUUUCGGAACGACAACAAGAGACGGCCAAAGGACUUGCCAGCAUAGCAGCCGCACCUCCACCAGCGCCCGCUGUAGCAGUGUCAGGCUCACCAGUGUCUUCGCGUGGCGCUCUUGCUCAAGUCAAAGAAGUCCAAUCGCUACGGCGGGACCUUGCGGUCGUUCGGCAGACGUACACUUCCUUUGCUGCUGAUAUCACCGCAUCGAUGGUGUCCAUCAAAUCCAAGGCUGCCACGAUCAAGAAAGCCGUCGCGGAUGCCAAGGUCCCCGAUAUGGACUCAAACACCGGCCGGGCUUAUGUCGAUGCCGGCAAGAAGACACUGCAUGCCGAUAGCGAACGGAUCGUCAAUUGCGUCGACGACCUGCAGGACCUGGUGGAAGAUCUCCGGAAAGACGUCGUCACCCGCGGAGUCCGACCACUGCCUCGCCAGCUUGAGACCGUCAGCAAGGACAUCAGCACCGCCACCAUGGAGCUCAAAAAGCUCCAGGAAUUCCUCAAGCGCGAGAAACCCACCUGGACCAAGAUCUGGGAGAAGGAGCUCCAGGUGGUCUGCGACGACCGCGACCUCCUCACCAUGCAAGAGGAGCUCGCGGCCGACCUCGAAGACGACCUGGAAAAAGCUGCCGCGACCUUCGCCCUCGUCGAGCAAGCCACCAAGCAACAGAACCUCAACACCACCGGCGCCACCGACGCCGCCGCCACGGGGCCCGGCGGCGCCCUCCUCCCCACCACCAACCGCAUCGCCUCGCGCACGCUCAACCCGCUCGGCGGCGCCGACCCCCGCCAAGCCAAGGACUCCGUCCUCGGCGAAGUCCGCGCGCUGAGCGUCAACCACGAGUCCCGGCUCGAGGCGAUCGAACGCGCGGAAAAGGCCCGCCAGCGGGAACUCGAGAGCCGCUCCGGCGGCGAAUUCAAACGCGAACUCGGCCACUUCGUCGAGGAGGGCCGCCUCAAGAAAUCCGGCGGCGUCGAGGAGGUCGAGCGGAUCCGCAAACUCCGCGAGGAGAAAACCCGCAAGGAGGUCUGGGACCGCACCCAGGCCCGCCUGGCCGCGCAGGCGGAGAAGGAGGCUGCGGCUGCGGCGGCCGCCGCCGCGGGACCUCCCCCUCCCGUUGUUGCAGAGGGUGCUGCCGCCUCUGCGGCGGACGAGGGGAUCAAUGGUCAUGGCGGAUUGGAGGUCCCUCAGCUUCCGCAACUGCAGACGCACGGCGGCGCCGACGACAUCACGCGCGAGAACAGCCCAGAGCCGGUCUUCGUCGAGGCCAAGGAGGUCGUCUCGCCCACGGUCGAGGGGACAUCGUAGUGUGAUGUCGAGGGAAAGCGCGGUGGCGCUGUAUUCGAGGCUAUUUCUCUCCCGAUGGCGGCGGCGGCGGCUGAGGCUGAAAUAUCCACAACGACAACAACAACAACCACCGUGGGAGAGACUCCGACCUGGAGAAUCGAAGCCGACAACAGCAGCAGUGACGACAGCGGCCGAACCGCUCGAUCUCGAUCUCCACCUCCAUCCCGAAUCCCC